AUGAAAUCUGCUCUUUCUGAAAAUAUUAGUGCAAUGAAUGAUUCAAAUGCUGCAGAAAGUGAUCACAUUAUUGUCCAAUACAUGAUUGGAGAAUGCUUUUAUGAAGGAAGUGGAACUGAGAAAGAUAUUUUAAAAACCAUAGAUUGGUUAAAUUAA